GAACGGAUGUCAAAAAUUUAAAGGUGAGAAAAAUUCAAUCUAAACAGUUAAAUAAACUUAAAUUCAGUGAAAAUAUUACACAAAAGUGUUUAAAAUCAAGUGAUUAUUUGAAUAUUUCGAGAUUCAAAAUAUCUAUUGUGAAAUAAUUGACAAUUCGAAGAGUUUGAUGGCGUAAUGCCUAAAAACAAGAAAAUCAAGAAUAAAAGAGUGAUUUCAGUGCAAAAUAGAUACCAGAAGUCAAAAUAUCAGCGCAGUGAAGAGAUUGAUAAACAGAGAUUUCAUCAGUGUGAAGAAAAAUCCACGAUGAGUGAUAGAGAAAUGGAUGAAGAUGGAAUACUGGUUCCUGACGACGACAUGCGGCAAGGAAGAAAUCAGCAAAUCAAAAUGGCGGAUGAUAUCACCAUCUCUUCUGCUCAGUUAGAGGAUAUAAUUGGUGUUUCUUCUCCCAGCCAACAGAUGACGCCAAACGAUCCAAAGUCAAAAACUGAGUCUCCACUCAAAUAUCAGUUGAACGACAAAGGACCAUUCUUCAUAAUAAUGAAACACGAAGAAUUACGUUAUACUGAGAUUGCUAAAAUCGUAUUGAUCAGCGUUGGGAGACCUAAAAUUGACCAAAUCAUCAAACUCGAUGAUCACAGUGUGAAGGUAAAACUAAAGGACGCUGAUUCUGCAAACAAGAUUCUCAAAAGUCAGAGUUUGGCCAGACUUCAAAAUGUGAAUGUUUCUAUCCCACCAAUGUACCUAAAUUCAAUUGGUAUAAUUGACAACGUGGCUAUAACACACACAACAGAGGAAAUUCUUGAAGCCUUGGACAGUGACAACCAAAUCACAAAGAUUGAAAGAAUGACUAAGUGGGAUCCAGUUUACAAAAAAGCAACACCGAUGGAACAAAUCAAAAUUCACUUCAGGUGUUUUACACUUCCCAGAACAGUGAAGCUAUUUAUGAUCAACUUCAGGGUAAGAUUUUUCUUUCCCAGGCCAACUUAUUGUGUCAAAUGCUUAAGUUAUGGUCACUACAAAAAAAUUUGCCGACAAAAGCCAAAAUGUGCUAUUUGCACAAAGGAAACUGAAGGACAACAUGAAUGUGAGCAAUUCUGUAAGUUUUGCGAAACCACGGAUCAUCAAACAAAUGACAGAACCUGCAAAGAAAGAAUCAGACAAGCGGAACUAACCAAAAUCAUGAUCAAGGAGAAGAUGACCUACAAGGAAGCAGUUCAAGCUUUAAAAGAAGGAGAAAAGAAUACAACAGCGUUUCCCAGACUCCUAAGGAUUGACUUGAGUGAAGAAUACGCAAAAUUGAAGGAAUUAUCACAAAAAACGGCAGAUUUGCAGACCCAAUUGGACAACAUGAAGCUGCAAAAUGACAAAGUGAAACAGGUGCUCCGAGAGAUCUGUACCCUGGCUACUGCAGAGGAGAGCCAAAAAAAUCAUACACUCAUGAUGAGAAGGUUGCUGACAAUUCUUGAAGAAAAUCAAGAUAUUUUGGAUUAAUGAUGAUUAAGUUAUGUCAGUGAAACAUGGACUAAAGAUGAUAUAAGGCUGAAAUUAUCAGGAUUUCAAUUAUUUUUAAACAACAGAGAACUUGGGCAUGGAGGGGUGGGUUGCGCAGUUAGAUACGGAAUCUGCGCAAAAGUUCUUAAUAACAUUAAUUAUAAUCCUAUAGAAGUAUUAAAAGUAAAAAUCACUAUAGCAAAUAAAACGUAUUAUUUAAUUUCAAUAUAUAUUCCCCCAGAUACUAACAUAACUAUUGUUAAAGAGAAAUUACAA